AUGGGAACAGGGGAUAGACUUCUAGAUAUACCAUGUAAAGUUUGUGGAGAUAGAAGUUCAGGAAAACAUUACGGAAUCUAUAGUUGUGAUGGUUGCUCGGGAUUUUUCAAACGCAGCAUUCAUCGUAAUCGGGUGUAUACAUGUAAAGCUACAGGUGAUAUGAAAGGGCGAUGUCCUGUUGAUAAAACACAUCGAAAUCAAUGCAGAGCGUGUAGAUUAAACAAAUGCUUUCAAGCUAGUAUGAAUAAAGAUGCUGUUCAGCAUGAAAGAGGACCACGUAAACCAAAAAUACAACAUGCGCCCAAUUCGCAGAUUCACCGUUCUCCAACAAUUUCACAUUCCCUCCAACACCUUACAGUCCCCAGUGAUACGAAGCUUUCUAUAACAAGCACAACUGCCGGUUCCACUAUUCCCGGCGGAUUCCAUUUCACUCCAGCGGGGAUAUUCACACCUCCUCCUCCGCAUCCAAUGAAGGGUUUAACACUGCCCCCUCCACCAGUUUCAAGUCCGUCUGUUGAUGCUGUUACUGCUUUGCAAUUACCACCCAUGUUUCAUCAUCCUACGAUGCCACCGCCACCGGGUCUUUUACAUAUUUUGAUGUCCGCAGAAAAAUGUCAGGAGCUAGUGUGGGGUACAAAAUUAUCGCAACUAGAAUCGCCAUCAAGCGAUCCUGGAAUGAUGUCAAGUCCAACAGGAUUACCUUUAGCAACAAGCCCACCUCUAGCUCCAUUACCGCUUACUCCAACCUGGGAAAUGCUACAGGAAACUACGGCUAGACUUUUAUUUAUGGCUGUUAGAUGGGUAAGGUGCUUAGCUCCAUUUCAAACGCUAAGUAAACACGAUCAAUUGUUACUCCUACAAGAAUCGUGGAAAGAAUUGUUUUUAUUACAUUUGGCUCAAUGGUCAGUUCCAUGGGAUUUAUCAACGUUACUAGGUUGUUCACAAGCCAGAGAGAGACUGCCAGCUGAUUUACACACUGCAACUGAAAUAAAAACAAUACAAGAAAUAAUGUGCCGUUUUCGACAAAUAUCUCCAGAUGGCAGUGAAUGUGGCUGCAUGAAAGCUAUCCUACUUUUUACACCAGAAACAGCUGGCCUUUGUGAUGUUCAGCCGGUAGAAAUGUUGCAAGAUCAAGCUCAAUGCAUUCUAGGAGAUUAUGUCAGAACGAGAUAUCCCAGACAACCUACUCGAUUUGGAAGAUUAUUACUGUUAGUUCCAAGUUUAAGAGCGAUAAGGCCGAUCACCGUAGAAUUACUCUUCUUCAAAGAGACUAUUGGUGAAAUACCCAUAACACAAUUAUUAGGAGAUAUGUAUUAUAUGGAAAAAUGUGCUUCCAAUCCAUAA